AUCUAAUUGUUUGUGAACCGAUAUUGUGGAAAAAGAAAAUUGGUCAAUUGUGUUAGUUAAUUUGAUUGAAUUGUUUGAAUUUUUAUCUUUAAAUUUUUUGUUGAUUUUGGUGAUUUUGUUGUUUAUUGUUUAUUUUAUUUAUUUUGGUGAAUUUAAUUGUUUCUGUUUAUUGUGAUUAGUUAAUUUGCUUGUUGAGUGAUGUUUUCUUUAUUGUUAAUUGUUUGUUCACUGUUUUUAAUUCAUUUUUUAUUAAUUGUCUGUGUUCUCGAUAAUCACAAGAUGGCGUUGGUCAAAUUGGUAAAUUGAUUCUUCUGAAAAGGUUAACCCUUCAUGUAUGAGUUAAUUGUGAUUCUAAUUUUAUAAUCACCAUAAUCUUUAAAUUUUCAAUCUAAUUAAUCUUUUCGCAAUUAUUACAAUCGUGUAAAGUGUUUAUUCGUAAGAUCAAUUAUCUUUAUUGUUAAUGUUAAUAUUCAACGUUGAUGAUUAACUGUUUUUCUCUUCCCAAUUUUGUGUUUCUAUUGUUUUUAUUUUCGAUUUGAAUUUUUUUUUUCUUCAUUUUCUUUUUGUUUCCAACAAAAGAAAACAACAUUUUCUCAUCAUUCCAACAUUAUUCAUCUUUAUUUUAUAAUCAUCAUCAUCAUUUUCUCACCAGAAACAUCAAUAUAAUCAAUGAAUUUCCUGGUGUAUAUUUUAAUAGGUUAACACCUAACAUUUUAUGCUAAUAAGUUACCAUAUGUUACGAUGUGUUUACAUUGCAUCUGAAUCUUUUAAUUGUCAUAAUAAUUUCCCUUCACUAAUAUAAACCAAUUGAUUAGCUGUUUCAAUCAAAAGGAAUGGCGAUUUCAUUUAUGAAAUCAUUAUCUCUUCGUGGAUCAAAUCGAGAUGGUUAUAUAAACACUUUCAACCAGAAACCCGAUACUUGUAGCGAUUCUGAGGAUGAAGAUAAUUGCUCAGGUGAUCCUAACAAUAAGCCAAUUUUAUCAACAACAGGUAAUGGUUAUAUUGGUCAUAAUGUAUUCGAAACAACCAAACAAAGUUCAUCAUUGAUUCCAAAUUGUGGUGGUCCAUUUUCAUCAUUAACUCCAUCAAUGUGGCCUCAAGAUUUGCUUGUAUCCAUUUCUCAGCCUGAUGAUUCUCGACGGUCUAAUCUUUGGUUCGAUGAUUAUGGUUUUACUGUUAACAAAUCGAUUGAAGAAAUUAAUUCAAUCAAAUUGUCCCAAUCAAUAUCAUCUCAACAACAACAACAACCAGUAUCAUCAUCUACAGAUGAUUCAGAUGAGGGAACCGAAGAGGAAAAACUGAGAAACAAGUGGAUCGCUUAUCUUGAAUUCACAUAUAACGAGGCCGUUUUACCGAAGAUGAUGUGGUCACAAGUCGAACCACAGAUUCGACAUACUCGAGUUCUAGAUGAAUUGGUUAAAGGAGGUUUACCAAGUUCCAUGAGAGCUCAAUUAUGGUUACGAUUUAGUAAAGGAAUGGCCUUAAAGAAUAACAGUAAAUGGACUUACGCUCAAAUGUGCGAUCAAUCAAAUCACGUAGGUCACAUUCCCGAUAAGCAGAUACUAAAUGUAUUACCAAAUAAUGCUUGUUUCAUGGAGAUAACUUCGGUUGGUAUUGAACGACUUCGACGGAUUCUCAGAGUAAUUAAAUGGCUUCAUCGAAGUGGUUCCAAUCCAUUAUCCACUUCCUGUGAUUCCGUUAACAUCCCGAUAAUUGCAGCCUACCUUUUACUUGUCUGUGAUGAAGAGGAUGCCUUUUGGUUAACAUUAUCAUGUUUAAAUGAACUUAAAUCAUUUGAUCAUCAACGUAUUCUAAUCAAAUUAAUUGUUAACAAUUGUUCUUACCUUGAUGAUCUAUUGAAAAAAGAUGAUCUCGAUAUUACCCUAAUUACCUGUCAUUGGUUUUCAAGUCUAUUUUCAGGAUAUUUUCCGAAAACUUUUGUCCUCUUCCUUUUCUGGGAUCUCUAUUUCUAUUAUGGUUCAAUUGUAUUAUUUCAAUUAACUAUUGGUUUAUUAUUGGAAACCAGACAUUUAUUAACUGAUGGUUCUGAUGCUGCUGUUAUAUUUAACAAAUUAUCCGAUUUACCUUCAAACAUUACCUGUCAGGAAAAUUUAAUCUCUUAUUGGAAAUCAGGAGCCCAAUACGUUGAUUAUAUUAAAAAAGACAUGGCGAGUAUUAAUUUAAUGAAUUUAAAUACUUCCGGUACUUCAUUCAUGACAUUACCUUCAUUUACCUCGGACCAAUUUGAUCAAGAUAUUAAAUCAAAAAAUAUAAGACAAACAUCAAUUUUAAUGGAGUUACAUGAAUCGAUUGCUGCUCUUGGUAAACACUUUGAAUCCUAUGAUCAUAAUUUUAAAGCAAAUUUGGAACCUGAUUACACGAAAAUAGAUAAAGAUGAUUAUGAUGAUGAAGAUUCAUUUGAUUGUUAUAAGAAAAGUAAAUCACCCUUAAGACGAGCUAAAGCAUUGAUUGAUUUUCAACGACAUGAUUCAGAUGAACUUGGAUUUUCAAAGAAUGACGUUAUCACCAUAAUUAAUGAACGAGAUGAACAUUGUUGGAUUGGUGAAUUAAAUGGUCAACGGGGUUGGUUUCCGGCUAAAUUUGUUGAACUAUUGGACGAGAGACAUGGUGAAUACAGUAUUGCGGGAGAUGAUCGAGUUGUGCCUUACAUUAAUGAUCUUGUUCGAGGUCGAUUUUGUUCAAUAUUUAAAACCAUCUUAUGUCAUGGACUUAGACGAACUCUUUUCAUCGCUGUUCAUCCCUGGAACGUGAUUGAGGCGAUUGUCUCUUGCUGUAUUGAAAGUGACUUUAAUUCAGUCUAUUCACGUUUAGUUCUUACUCGAACUUUUCGUCUAGAUGAAUUUGCUCGAGUUCUAAGUCCGUGUGAAAUUUUAUACCGAAGUGUGGCCCAUAUAAAUCAAAAUUUAGAAUACGAACCGAUGGAUGUUAAAUUACGUUCGUUGGUUUGUAUCGCUUUAAAUCAGAAAAUUUUACAUGAAUGGUUUUCAAUCAUCUGUGGAACUCAACCUCAUAUAUUAGCUAAAUUUUACCACAAUUGGAGUUUUGUUAACAGUCCAGCAUGGAAAAUAAUUAGAGCUGAAUUGCGACUUUUAAUUCAAUUCUCAUUCAAUAUGAACAUAAAUGCUGAAGUUCAGGCCGAUAAUUCUGGACCAAAAUCACCAGUAUCCAAAGAAGGUGUUAAAGAUAUGCUAGUUAAACAUCACUUAUUCUCGUGGGACAUUUGAUUAAAUAAUCAACUGGAUUAACAACUAGUCAACAAACAACUAAUCAUUUAAAAUUAACUCGUUCUCACAAAAACAACAAUCUAAUUUGUUAUCUCUUGUUAAUCAAAUACUUUUGAUUAACUUUUCCCUUUUGUUAACCAACAGACACUGGAAACAAUUAACGUUCUAAGUCUUUGGUAUCUCGUUUUUUUUUGUGUUUUUAUUUUAAACAAAAAUUUUAUCUUUUUCCAUAAUUUAAUCGUACAAUUAACUACAACUGAAUCAAUUACGAACGAAAAAAACUCAUAUUAAUCAUUCACAUUCCAAGUCAAGUCAUAAACAAUCAAUUGAUUGAGAAAUAUUAACUCAUCUAUGAUGACUCGUAACAGAAAAUGUAAACAAAAAAACCGACCGAUCAACCAAACAAUUACAAUUAAAAAUUCUGAUUCCAAUCAAU